CAAAUAGAGAAUUUCACCGUUUUUUCUUAACAGGAUAAGACGCACUUUUCUUUCUACGUUAUACAAGUGCAAAAAGUGUUUUAAAUAACUUUAAUUAAUUUCAUUCAAUACACCUUCAACAACUACAACGACGUCAAAUUAAGAGCAAAAAAUAAAAUAAUAAAAAAUAGAUAAUAAUAAUUUAAAAACUAUUUAAUUUUGCAUUUAAAAGUAAAGUGAAUUAACAAACAAAUAUCUUUGAGCUUCAGCUCCUAUACCCGUUGCAUCGUUUAGCGGUUCUGAUAGUCCUCUCUCUUCUUGCUCGCCCACUGAAAACUGCUACAAAUAUUUUAACAUGAAUAAACUCUGCCGUCAAGUGUCAAUUGAAUCGCCUGGACCACAGGUGAAAAAUUGUGUUUUCAACUUUUUCGUACCCAUUGAAGAUACACCACCAUGCGGUGCUCGCAUUAAAAUUGUAUGUGCCGGUGCCUGCUAUAGACGUCGUGAUCGUUCGGCCUCCAUAACCAGCAUGUCAUCGGUAUCUUCGGAUUUGAGUGAUUAUUGCCCACCGCCCGCCAGCUCAUCACCAGCACAUGCUGGUGUACGUGAGGGUUCAUUUUUCCCCGGCUACGAAGUGGCCGGUGUUAUUGAGUCGUUGGGCAGUGAGGUGACAGAUAAGAAUAAUAUGGGCUUAAAGAUUGGUCAACGUGUCAUUGUCUAUCCCUUUGAGGAGGCACCUACUGGUUAUGCUGAAUUGAUGGCUGUGCCAGAAUUGAAAUAUAUUGUACCCAUUCCUGAUAGUUUACCCAUGCCGGUGGCAGCCAUGUUACCCACUGGUGCUCUCUUGGCCAUGAAUGCUGUCUUCAAGGCUCACGAAAUUGUAACACAGACUUUGAAAAACAAGAGUGCCGAUGAUCCAAAUAAAAAGUGUAAAAUUUUAAUAGUUGGCACUGGCGGUCUGGCCUUGUGGGCUGUACGUCUUGCCGCUUAUCAUUUCGCAAAUACAGGAGUGGAUAGUUCAAUUGAACUAACAGUUGCCAGUCUCAGAGAUGAGGGCUUCCGUUUAGCAACAGAAAUUAAGAAUGUCAGUGUUGUACAAUGGAAUGAAUGCUUGUAUGAACCUCAGUUGAUUGAACGCACUAAAGAUCUGUGCGGUGGUCCCGUCGAUAUUGUCAUUGAUUUUGGUACCACUUCACGCAGUCUUCAUCGUUCUAUGCAUUGUCUCAAUAAGGGUGGUGUUGUACUCAUUAGCGAGGAUGUGGCUGAGAAAUUAAUGCCAAAAUUUUCAAGACUCUCCAUUGAGAAUAAUCAACAAAUCAUACCCAUUUCUAGUGGUUCGGUUGAACAAUUGCGUACAUUAGUCGAAAUAGUUGCAGAUAAGAAAAUUGAACCACCACCACAUUCGGUAUUUCCCUGUGAACAGGCUGCCGAAGUUAUACAGAAAUUGUGUAGUUCUGAAAUUCCUGGACGUGCUAUCUUACGUUUCCAUGAUAUUGAAUAAUUUCCCAAAAAAGAAAUUUUUAACAGUUUCACCAAACUAACAUCAAAAAAAAACCCAAAUCAUUUUUAGUAUUACAAGCAACAAACAAAGAAACAAAAUGAAAUGGAAAUAUAAUCAGGUCUAAACUAGUAUUUUGGAAAAGUUUGUUUUAACAUCAUUAUCUUGCUAUUACACAGCAAAUACUACAUACAUUUUUUAUCAUUAAACAAAACAUUACAAAAAAAAAACUCAGGCAUCCAUUUAUAGUUGAUGCCCAGUAAAUGUCUAUUUUAUUGUUAAUAUUUGGACCGUAGAAUUAAAAACAAAAAAUAUUA